AUGGAUCCUGUGAACACGUCUUUAAAUAUUGAUAGCUCUUUAACUCCCACGAGAGUUCCAGGACCUUCAAACGAAAUUGUCAGGGAUGAACUACCAAAAAACAAUAAAAGAGGUUUGUCCGAUGGCGACGAACUACCGGAAGCUAAUCCAAUUAAAAUUAUGAAAUUUCCGACUUCGGAUAAUGAAGAUGACGCGUCUUUUACGUCUAAGGAUGCACCAGGGGAUGUUUCUGAAGAAUAUGAUCAAGAGAAGAUAGAGCAAAUGAAUAAUGAAAUGGGUAAAACUGAGGUUGUUGAUGUUGAAGACGAGUCCUCCGAUGAUGGCAUGGAUGAUAGCGAUGAAAGUGGACUUAGAGAGAUGAAGUUUGAGUCUCCAGAUUUAAAUGAAAAUGGUCAUAACCGCCUUUGGGAAUUAAACCCUAUGCCGUCAUUACAGUCGAUCAAGAUUACAAAAAAUAGAUGUACAGAAGCAAGGGCAUAUCUUAAAACGGAAGGCUACAUGAAAUUUUUGGACAAGUUUGUUCCUUCAGAUCCAACUGCUGAUGAUAUCAUUACGCUUGCAAAACUUUUAGGUUAUGUUCCAAACGAUGUUGAAAAGCUUCGCAAAUCAAAAAAUCCCGAGGAUUUCAUGCAUCGAUGUAUUGUUUAUCUUAGGGAGGCUAUAAAUAGAGUUCUUCGUUCGAGGACUCGCCUUCCAAACUUCCACACCCUGAAUGAUGUUUGUAACGCAUUGCAAAAAGCUAGGCAUAUUCUUGUUUUGACUGGUGCUGGUAUCUCUACAUCAUUGGGUAUUCCGGAUUUCAGAUCCUCCACAGGAUUUUACUCUAGAAUGAAGUACCUUGGAUUAGAUGAUCCUCAGGAUGUAUUUAGUGUCGACCUGUUCCGUCAGGAUCCAUCUAUUUUUUAUUCUAUUGCACAUUUAAUCCUUCCGCCAGAUAAAGCUUGCACACCAUUGCAUGCAUUUAUCAAGUUGCUUCAGGAUAAAGGCAAGCUAUUAAGAAAUUAUACCCAAAAUAUUGAUAAUUUGGAGGCUAAUGCGGGAGUAAGACCCGAAAAUCUGGUUCAAUGUCAUGGGUCUUUUGCCACAGCUUCAUGCUUUACCUGUAAUUACAAGGUUCCAGGCGAAGUCCUAUAUCCUAACUUAAGAGCACAGGAAAUUGCAUACUGUCCAUUUUGUGCUGUCGAAAGGAAGGCACUUGUUCAAAAAUAUGAAAAAAUGGAGGAUGAAGGAUCUUAUUCGAGGAGGUUUGAAGAGAUAAAUUCAUUUGGUGUUAUGAAGCCUGAUAUAACUUUCUUUGGAGAGGAUUUACCAGAUCGAUAUCAUAAUUUUAUUAAGGAAGAUGUUAAAAAGUGUGAUCUCCUUCUUUGCAUUGGUACGUCUCUUAAGGUUGCUCCUGUCAGUGAAAUUGUGAACAAGGUACCAAAUGAUGUUCCUCAAAUUCUUAUUAAUAGGGACCCAAUCGAUCAUUGCGAGUUUGAUGUUGAACUGUUAGGCUAUUGCGACCAAGCCAUCACGUGGCUUUGUAAUGAGAAAUUGCACUGGAAAAUUGAUCACCCUAAAUUCGAAGAAAUAAUUGGCUCCAAGUUGAAGAUGGAAGUUUUGGAUGAGACGUUUGGGUCUUAUAAGAUCACUGAUAUGCCACAAAGAGAAAAAGAGAAUGGAUAUGACCAAUCCGUGAAACACAAAGAUAUUUAUGAUAGAGAUGGGACGAAACAGAAGGCCGAUAAAAAAAGCGUCACCCAGCCUGGUGAUGAAUCCGAUCAACAUACAAAUCAAAGAACGAUAAUUGUCUGA